AUGAGUUGUGAAAGUUCUUCCAUCACAAACUCGCGCAUUCAUUUAAAUGAAAGUUACGGAAGGAAUUGGUUCGUUUAUUUUUGCUCUUUGACAAGUGAUCUUCUACAGGCUAGUUUUGGAUUUACUUCGUCCUGGCCAUCUUCAAUCAUACCAAAAUUGCAAUCGAAUAGCACUGAAAUUAAUCCUUUACCGGCGCCCAUAACAUCACUGCAAACGUCCAUUCUAGCAGCUUUGCCAUCAAUUUCCGGUCUAGUGGGACUGCUGGGACUCGCUAUUGCACCCAAUAUAUCGGAUAGGGUGGGAAGAAAGUCGACGCUCGUGUGUGCUGCAGUAGCAGUUGCUACUGCGUAUGUGGUGUUGGUAUUCGCUAAAAGUAUUUCCAUAUAUUUCGUCUGCUUGAGUAUCAUAGGAUUUAGCGAUAGCGUGAUGUUGACCAAUCUCGCUGCGUACAAUUCAGAAAUAUCUUUGGACAGAAACAGGGGUAAAAUUUUGUGCUUGCAAGGACUAGCCGCGCCUGUUGGAAACACCAUCGCCUAUUUUGCUGGAUUUACAAACACGAGAACCAUCGCUCUGAUUGGAACAAUGCUCCCUUUGUUAUUUUUAUGUUUGUGUUAUUUCCUACCGGAAUCGCCAGUGUUUUUAGUUCAUGACGAAGAACGAUGUAGAAGGGCUUUGGAAACUUUGAGAGGCACUAAAGAAGUUGAGAUGGAGUUUUUAACUAUAAAAAAAACUAUCGAUGAAUCUAAGAAGGUUACAAUCAUCGACAUGUUCAAGUCGCGCCCUUCUGUUAAAUCGUUUUUACUCUCUCAAGAACUGUUCACAGCUCAAGUAGUGUCCGGUAUAUACACGAUAACUGCGUUCAUGGCGCCGAUAUUCAACGAAUCUGGUUACGUUUCGGGAAAUUCGAUCGGCGUAAUCGCCGGUGGAAUACAAAUACUCUGCGUAUUCGCUGUAUCAUUUUUGGUGGAGCGCUUGGGCAGAAGGCCUUUACUCCUCUUUUCCAGCAUAUCUAUUAUACUGAACUUGUUGUGUUUGGGCGCGUAUUUUUACCUGAUACAAUCGGGAAUUAUACUUACUGGACAGUACGGAUGGGUGCCACUUUUGCUCGUAGUUUUGUAUUACGUAUCGUACAGUAUAGGCUUGGGUCCUAUGCCGUUCACUUUGAUGUGCGAAUUGUUUUCGAAUAAUUUUAGAAAAAUCGGUAUUACGAGCAUUAUGAUUGUUUGUUUCGUACAAAUAUUUUUAGCAUUGUUUUCUUUUCCUCUAAUCGCUGAAGCCAUCGGAGUUCACUAUUGUUUGUGGAUUUAUUGCGCAUUGUCUACUAUAGCGUUUGUAGUAAUAUGCGUUACAAUGCCAGAGACUAAGGGUAAAUGCAUGUCUGAAAUUCAAGACAGCUUGGCUCAAAGUUAAGAAAUGUUACCCUACAUGUUUUUACUUUAUUGCAUGUUUAUUUAUUUUUUGUUUUGUUGUUGCUACUGCAAGUACUAUAGUCUCUAUUCUAGAUGCAACGAAAGAGAUUCUGUAUAUAUGUAUACAUAUUACUAAAUUAGUAAUACAAUUAAAUCAGCUGGAAAUGUUUAUUGACGUCAAACAAUUUUAACUGGAACAUACUUUGAAUGAUAA